GAGUUGGAGUUGGAGUUGGAGUUGGAGGAGAGGGAGGGAGUCUUGUCAUUGUGUGCCGAUAAUUAAUUAAAGAAGGGAGGGGUAGAAAUUAAUACCAUUAUGAUGAUGAGGCUUCUGUCGUCCUCCAUGCGCGGGGAAUUUCCAUGGAGCAUCCCCCCGUCCUCUUCCUCCAUGGUGAUUCCGGGUCGCCCUGGACCGGGAAAGAGCAAGCUAAAUCAUAGAAAUACCCUCAUCCGGCUUUGGAAUUUCCCAACUCCGUCUCCACCACCCAGUGCUGCCGUCUCCGCCAUCCGUCAUACCCGCCGCAGCCAACCAAACUUAACGUUACUUCAUGCAUCCAACGGGAAAGGAGGAGGAAAUGAAGAGAGAGAACGUGUCAGCAAAAUUCUUGAGCCCACAAAAGAACCCCAAUCAUACUCAUCACACAAACAAAUAUCAACCUUUUUGGACAUAGGAAACAAACCAGAACAGAGAGAAGAAACAGAACAGAGAAUGGCAAGUACUGCUGCUGGUCAGGUUAUUCGCUGCAGAGCUGCUGUGGCAUGGGAGGCGGGAAAGCCGCUGGUGAUAGAAGAAGUGGAGGUGGCGCCCCCGCAGGCAAUGGAGGUCCGUAUCAAGGUCCUCUUCGGUUCCCUCUGCCGCACCGAUGUCAACUUUUGGGAAGCCAAGGGGCAGACACCGCUGUUUCCUCGGAUUUUCGGUCAUGAAGCCGCCGGGAUUGUUGAGAGUGUUGGAGAAGGCGUCGCGGACCUAAAACCCGGGGACCAUGUCCUCCCGGUGUUCACUGGAGAGUGCAAGGAAUGUCGGCAUUGCAAGUCUCAGGAGAGCAACAUGUGUGAUCUCCUGAGGAUCAACACAGACCGUGGAGUCAUGCUGAAUGAUGGAAAGACGAGGUUCUCGAUCAACGGGAAGCCCAUUUACCAUUUCGUUGGAACAUCCACCUUCAGUGAGUACACGGUGGUUCAUGUGGGCUGCGUUGUGAAGAUCAAUCCGGAAGCUCCGCUGGACAAAAUAUGUGUUCUCAGUUGCGGUAUCUCAACCGGUCUUGGUGCCACGUUGAAUGUUGCUAAACCAAAGAAGGGCUCAUCUGUGGCUGUUUUCGGGUUGGGAGCUGUUGGGCUUGCGGCUGCUGAGGGGGCUAGAAUUGCUGGUGCAUCGAGGAUUAUUGGAGUCGAUUUGAACCCGAAGAGAUUCGAAGAAGCCAAGAAGUUUGGAGUUACCGAGUUCGUGAACCCGAAGGACUAUGACAAGCCUGUUCAGGAGGUGAUUGCCGAAAUGACUGAUGGAGGCGUUGAUCGGAGUGUGGAGUGCACGGGAAAUAUCAGUGCCAUGAUUUCGGCAUUCGAAUGUGUUCACGACGGAUGGGGUGUUGCUGUUCUCGUCGGCGUUCCGAACAAAGAUGUCGUAUUCAAGACUCACCCGAUAAACAUCUUGAACGGAAGGACACUGAAGGGCACCUUCUUCGGGAAUUACAAGCCGAGGUCCGACCUUCCUUCUGUUGUGGAAAAGUAUAUGAAUAAGGAGCUGGAGCUGGAGAAGUUCAUCACUCAUGAGGUUACAUUCUCGGAGAUCAACAAGGCAUUCGACUACAUGCUAGCACGGGAUGGGCUCCGAUGUAUAAUUCGGAUGGAUGGAUAGAGUUGUUCAGGCUUCUGCUAAGUUCUAUUCGAUAUAAAGAGAAGAAUUGUGUUAUAUCGAGUUGUUUCUGUAUAAACUUAGGCUGUCUAGUGGGCUUCGGCUCUUUCCAUGCUGUUAUGUCUAUGCCGUCUGUGUGACUGAAAUUCUUGUUUCCAUGGAUGAAAUGGUUCCUCUUUGAGUUGUUUGCAUACAAUGAAAACUAGAGUUUUUCUUUCA